AUGCACAAACCAGAAUUAUCUAGUAGGUUAGCAAAAUGGGCGGUUGAAAUCAGCGGGAAAGAAUUCUUUGAGUUCAUGAAUCAUAUCAGAAAACUAGGAGAAACUCUUCUUGACUUGCUAUCAGAAGCUCUUGGGCUAAAACCUGACCACUUGAAUGCCAUGGAAUGUACCAAAGGACAAACAUUAGUAUGUCAUUACUACCCGGCAUUCCCACAACCAGAGCUAACUCUUGGUACCGAUAAGCACACAGAUCCUGAUUUUCUUACCAUUCUGCUUCAAGAUCAAAGUGGCGGCCUUCAAGUCAUGCAUUAUAACCAAUGGGUCGAUGUUGAACCAAUUGAACGUACCAUUCUGCUUCAGAUCAAAGUGGCAGCCUUCAAGUCGUGCAUUAUAACCAAUGGGUCGAUGUUAAACCAAUUGAACAUGGUUUGGCUGUUAAUAUUGGUGAGUUUCUUCAGAUCCUAUCAACUGACAAAGUUUGUAAGUGUAAAUCAUAGAGUUGUAGCGAAUAAGGUAGGACCAAGGGUGUCAGUGGCAUGCUUCUUCAUUGGAGUUUUUGCACCACCAAAUAUGUAUGGUUCAAUCAAAGAGCUCAUAUCAGAAGAAAAACUGCCUCUAUAUAAAGAAUUUCUAGUAAGUGAUUACAUCACUGAGUUUUUCUCCAGGCCACUUGAUAAGUCCGGUCUUGAUCUUUUCAGACUCAGAGCAACCAGGCUCUAA